CAAAAAAAGUCUCAAAGGCGCGAAUAACCAAACCCGCACCACCACAACACCUUGAAUCUAAUAUCGGGCGAGCGUACGCAGUGAACCCUUACGGGCGAGCCGAGCAGUGAACCCAUAUCAGUAGAAUCCUAUACCGCAAUGUCUAACGAGUCGGCUGCGUGGCCGGUUGCGGACCAGGCCCUUACCCAGGAGAUCUUGGAUCUUGUCCAGCAAGCGACCCACUACAAACAAAUCAAGAAAGGUGCCAACGAGGCUACGAAGACCCUGAACCGUGGUAUCGCGGAGAUCGUCAUCCUGGCAGCGGAUACCUCACCUCUGGCCAUCCUCCUUCAUCUACCGCUUCUUUCCGAGGACAAGAACGUGCCGUACGUCUAUGUUCCCUCAAAGAUGGCGCUUGGUCGUGCCUGUGGCGUUGCUCGCCCGGUGAUUGCAGCAAGCAUUACGACGAACGAGGCAUCCGCUCUGGUCAACCAGAUCAACGCUCUGAAGGACAAGGUAGAGAGGCUGCAGAUCUAAGGAUCAAACGUAUAUGGUUCCCUUUUGUUUGAUGUUAAAGAUGUAAUCAUGGUCCCUACCGGACUUGCAUGGACAUAUGGGACGCGGGUAAACUGUGACUACAGUCAAAUACGAGGCAAUCAAUAUGACCACAUCUAUACGCGCUAUCUAGUGGCCUUCAGUU